AACAGAACGAUGGAGAUCAACCCCGAAAAACACCGUUUUAUCCGUCUCGGCCUUUUAGCGCUCCAAUUAACCACAAGACAUGGCCACGAGCACCCCCGCGUUGUGCCGGGAAAUCGGGUUAAAUCAAUCCUGACACGGCCUUACCCCGCCAGUACCUCCAACGCCCAUGGGCUGCUUAUGGCCUGAUAUUGUUUACGAAAUGUCAAGAUCGGAUGUGAUGGCGUUAGGGGUCACUGAAACCUCAUGGUUUUGACAUCUCUCACGGUUCUGACUAUUCGGUACACAGAGAGAACGUGAUAGUCACAUUCACAACCAAGUGGAAAGUCGCCGACACACUCAACAUGGCAACGUUUACACGCCAAUCGGACCAUGCUGAGCCAGCAAUCUUUGUCAAUCCAGCUCACAAGAUUGCCAAAAUUGAAGACAAUACCUAUGGUGGCUUUACAGAGCACAUGGGACGUUGCAUCUAUGGGGGAAUUUACGACCCUGGCAACUCCCUAUCCGAUCAGCAUGGCUUCCGUACGGAUGUCAUAGAAGCAUUUAAAGAGCUCAACUGCCCUGUCGUUCGAUAUCCCGGAGGUAACUUUGUCGCAACCUACCACUGGCAAGAAGGAAUCGGUCCGAAGGAAAAGCGCCCAAAGAAGCUCGAGCUUGCCUGGAAAGGCAUUGAACCAAACGAGUUUGGAACAGACGAGUUCAUGAAAUGGUGCGAGAUUGUGGGAACGGAGCCUUAUAUUGCACUGAAUUUCGGCACUGGAACUCUUGACGAAGCUAUGGGAUGGCUUGAGUACUGCAACUCAAGUGCCGAUAGCCAUUACGCCAACCUUCGUAGGCAAAACGGGAGAGACAAACCAUACAAUGUCAAAUAUUGGGCCUUGGGAAAUGAGUGCUACGGCGACUGGCAGGUUGCACAGAUGAACAAAGAAGACUACGCGAAAAAGGCAUGGCAGUGGGCAAAAGCACUGAAACUAAUCGACCCCACGAUCCAACUCAUUCUCUGCGGUGAGAAUGGCUACUCAACAUGGGACUACUACGUCACCCACGAGUGCAUAUCUCCUUCAUUCUCCGUCCUCAAGGGCAGCGCAACCCUCAUCGACAUGCACAGCAUUCACAUCUACACCGCCUCGGCCGAGCACCUCAAGAACGCCACGGCACCCAGGUCGGCGGAACGCGCCAUCGAGAUCACGUCCUCACUCAUAGACCUCGCUCGCAUCGAGAACAAGGUGCCGCCCAGCAUACCCAAGCAGAAGAUAUGCUUUGACGAGUGGAACGUCUGGGACCCGGAGCGAGCCCUGGGCCACGAGGGCGCCGAAGAGAAAUACACGCUCUCCGACGCGCUCGCCGUGGCCGUUUGGCUCAACGUCUUUGUACGCCAGGCCAAGCACAUUGGGAUGGCCAACAUUGCCCAGUCGGUCAACGUCAUAUCCCCGCUCAUGACGAGCAAAAAGGGCAUCUACAAGCAGACUACCUGGUGGCCCCUUUUGCUGUUCAGCAAGUACAUGCGUGGUCACACCGUCGCGGUGCAUGUGCAGAGCGGGGAGUACGAUGGUCCGACCAAGCCAGUGUGGAUCAGGGGCACAAUCGAGACGCCGUGGCUCGAUGUCAGCGCGUCCAUUAACGACGAGGGGGUUGUUUCUUUGGUUGUGGUCAACAUCCACGAGGAUAAGAGCUUUUCUACUCAACUGAAUGGGGUUAAACAGGCCGACGAUGGGGAUAUUGAGGUCUACACCGUCACGGGGCCGAACGUGAACAGUCGCAACACUGAGGAAAAGCAGGAGGUGGGCAUCACGGAAAGCAAGUGGGACGGAAAGGGUCCCUACGAGUUCCCGAAGGCUUCCAUGACUAUGCUCCGCUGGAAGCCGUAA